AUGUCGCUGCGCAACAUACGAAAAAUUUACGGCGGUAAUACUUUGCCAACACCUGAUAAUUCCAGCGAAGACGAGUAUGAGCCUCUUUAUGCCAAAAAUUCUGUAAAGCCUCAGUUUUCUAAUUUACUACUGAGUUCAGCCUCUGAAUCUGUAGAAGAAUCACCCGAGCUGAAUGAAUCGGAGUAUUUUGAAGAGGUUGCAGUAGAAAAGGUUAAGAAAAAGAAGAAAAAGUGGCGCAAAAAUAAAAAGUCUAAAAGUCGUGGUGGGUUAAAAUUGGAGGGUUCUGAAGAGAUGGACGAAAUAGAUAAAUCUGUGAUGGAAGUAAAUGCUCUACUAGGCAAACCACCACCAGCAACUCCUAAACCAGAAGCAAAAAUUGACAUCGCGCAAGUUCUUUUUGGAGCUGACAUACGCCAUCUGAAUGUUACUUAUGAGUUGAGAAGAUUUUUCGGGCCUGAAGUUGACGAUGAAGUCAAACCACGAGUGCGUCCGCGUCGUCGCAUGAGGGCUGCUAGCAGCGCUUCGAACGUAUUUGUGAAAUAUUGCGCCGCGACGAAAUCACGAAGUACUCGUGGACGCGUGCCGAAUUUGAGACGUUGCCAAAAACCAGUUAUUAUUCCCAAGAAGUCCGAUUCUUUCAGAGCAGAGGGUCCUUCGAUGUCCUUGAAAAUCCGCGAAAAUGGAUACUCUUACUUCACAUUCGAUCACAACAAAGAAUACCAGAAGAAGCAUUUCAAAUUCCUGCUGCUUACUGAAGAUACGAGUGACGAUGAUUUCAUAUUAGACAUGUCGUUGAUUGACGACACUUUUAUGCACGUCGAAGCUAGAUUAGAGGCGGUUGACUUUCUAUUCUUCGAGGAAGAAUAUUCCAUGGCUAAUAAAUUUCUUGAAGAAAUAAUUGCUUACAUGCAGUCAGUAUUCCAUCCAUCGUUCAAUCUGGGUGACAUAAAAACCCGUUUGGAAUACAAAUACAUCGAGAACCGCCCCUUCCAUAUCGCAAUUCUGAAGUAUAUACAUCUACUGACUAACAAGGCUUGCCAUCGAACUGCUUUAGAACUAGCCAAAGUUUUACUGAACCUGGAUCCUACCGAUCCGUUAGCUGUACUGUUCAUCAUCGACACAUUGGCAUUGAAGGCCCGAGAGCAUCAAUGGCUCGUCGACGCCAUUGCCUAUUGGUCGAAAGAAAGAGAUGCCAAAUUCAUGUUUAAUUUUCAGUACUCAAAUGCAAUGGCCAAAUAUCAUUUAGCCCUUAAAAAUUGCAGCGUUGACAAGAGUGAAGCUUGUCAGCUGUUACAGCGGGCUAUACUUCGCUUUCCGUUGGUGGCGCUGAAAUUGUUAGAGAUUGUCAACGAGAGUAAACAUUCGGAUCUUGUUAGUCACCCCUUGUUCCGCAUACCAUCUGAAAAACGAAUGUCGAAAAACAUACAUCUGUAUUACCUUUACGCAUCAUUCACGUCAUCAAGAUGGCGGGAGCCAAGUAUUCUGGAAUGGUUUGUCUCUACCGUCGUGGAAAUGGCGGAUUUAUACAACAAGGAAGUAGAAAUGCAGUCUGUUUUGCCUGAAGUGCCCAUAACACGCUUAUCGGAUCCUAUACCACCAUUUCCUACCGUCGACCGCUACGGCUACGCAAAUCUGUCCCGUAACUACUAUAAGCCGCACCGAUUCUUUGGACCGGCUAGCGACGCACUACAGAAUUUACAAGUAAUUCUAGAGGACGAAGAAAAUUGA